UGUGUGUGGGGGGUGGGGCUAGGGAGACAGGUCUAAGGAAAGAGGGAAAAGCUAGUGGCCCCGGCGGUCUCCUCGGAGAAGCCUUCCCACCUGCUGCAGGGGGAGCCUCCGGUAGGAGUGCAGCCGCGCGCCCGCGCGCCCACCCCGCCCCUGCCCGCAGCGCGGCCCCGCCACCCGUGAGUUCCCGCGAGUGGCCCCGCGCCCCAGCCGCGUGGGGGGCUGUUCGGUUGGAGGCGGGGAGCAGCCGGGGCACCAAAAUAGGAGCCGCUUGUGGGCUGGAGCUGCACUAGCAGGCAGCCUCCGCCGCGCCUCUUCCAAAGAUGGUCAGAGGGUCCGGAGGCGCCCCCGCCCCCGCUCGCCGCUAGCCCGCAGGUCCGCACCGCGUCCCGGAGCCACUGCCGGAGCCAUGGCUCUAAAAGGACAAGAAGAUUAUAUUUACCUUUUCAAGGAUACCACGCAUCCAGUGGAUUUUCUGGAUGCAUUCAGAACAUUUUACUUGGAUGGAUUAUUUACUGAUAUUACCCUUCAGUGUCCUUCAGGCAUAAUCUUCCGUUGUCACCGAGCUGUUUUAGCUGCUUGCAGCAAUUAUUUUAAGGCAAUGUUCACGGCUGACAUGAAAGAAAAAUUUAAAAAUAAAAUAAAGAUCUCUGGCAUCCACCAUGAUAUCUUGGAAGGCCUUGUAAAUUACGCGUACACUUCCCAAAUUGAGAUAACUAAAAGAAAUGUUCAAAGCCUGCUUGAAGCAGCCGAUCUGCUACAGUUCCUUUCAGUGAAGAAAGCAUGUGAGCAGUUUUUGGUAAGGCACUUGGAUAUUGAUAAUUGUAUUGGAAUGCACUCCUUUGCAGAAUUUCACGUGUGUCCAGAACUAGAGAAGGAAUCUCGAAGAAUUCUGUGCUCAAGGUUUAAGGAAGUAUGGCAACAAGAAGAAUUUCUGGAAAUCAGCCUUGAAAAGUUUCUCUUUAUCUUGUCCAGAAAGAAUCUCAGUGUUUGGAAAGAAGAAGCUGUCAUAGAGCCAGUUAUUAAGUGGACUGCUCAUGAUGUAGAAAAUCGAAUUGAAUGCCUAUAUAAUCUGUUAAGCUAUAUCAACAUAGAUGUAGAUCCAGUGUAUUUAAAAACAGCUUUAGGCCUUCAAAGAAGCUGCCUAUUAACUGAAAAUAAGAUCCGAUCUCUAAUAUACAAUGCUUUGAAUCCCAUGCAUAAAGAGAUUUCUCAGCGAUCCACAGCCACAAUGUAUAUCAUUGGAGGCUAUUACUGGCACCCUUUAUCAGAGGUACACAUAUGGGAUCCUUUGACAAAUGUUUGGAUCCAAGGGGCAGAAAUACCAGAUUACACUAGGGAGAGCUAUGGUGUUACGUGUUUGGGACCCAAUAUUUAUGUAACCGGGGGUUACAGAACUGAUAACAUUGAAGCUCUUGACACAGUGUGGAUCUAUAACAGUGAAGGGGAUGAAUGGACAGAAGGUUUGCCAAUGCUCAAUGCCAGGUAUUACCACUGUGCAGUCACCUUGGGUGGCUGUGUCUAUGCUUUAGGUGGUUACAGAAAGGGGGCUCCAGCAGAAGAGGCUGAGUUCUAUGAUCCAUUGAAAGAGAAGUGGAUUCCUAUUGCAAACAUGAUUAAAGGCGUGGGGAAUGCUACUGCUUGUGUCUUACACGAAGUUAUCUACGUCAUUGGCGGCCACUGCGGAUACAGAGGCAGCUGCACCUAUGACAAGGUCCAGAGCUACAAUUCAGAUAUCAAUGAAUGGAGCCUCAUCACCUCCAGUCCACAUCCAGAAUAUGGAUUGUGUUCAGUUCCAUUUGAAAAUAAGCUCUAUCUAGUUGGUGGACAAACUACAAUCACAGAAUGCUAUGACCCUGAACAGAAUGAAUGGAGAGAGAUCGCUCCCAUGAUGGAAAGGAGGAUGGAGUGUGGUGCCGUCAUCAUGAAUGGAUGCAUUUAUGUCACUGGGGGCUAUUCCUACUCAAAGGGGACGUAUCUUCAGAGCAUUGAGAAAUACGAUCCAGAUCUUAAUAAGUGGGAAAUUGUGGGUAAUCUUCCAAGUGCCAUGAGGUCCCAUGGGUGUGUUUGUGUGUAUAAUGUCUGAUCAAGUCCAAAGAAAUGACCAAGUAAUCACUAUUUCAUGGUGUAGUAAGAAAAGAAUGUAGGGUUUGGAGUCUCUUACUUGUUAUUGUGGCCUGGCACAUAAUAGGUAAAUUCUUAUUCCUAACCCCCACUCUACACCUCAACCCAAUGAUUAAUGGUCAAGAAGAACCUUCUGUAUAUUUACAGUUGAAUAAAUCAAUGGAGUCAACACCUAUAAUCUUUGCUCAUCAAAGGUGAUUUGGAAUGCUGGACACUUGGUAAAAGGUGAAAUGCCUUUGUACUGAAUUUUUUCUCCUGGUAGCAGCAACACUGGGUGUAGGUCAAAAUCAUUCUGUGGAAUGAGAUGUCUCUUAUGAUCCUGUAAUGUAUUAGUGUAUGUUGUUUCCACUUAGCUAGCAAGGAAUUUGAAAUAUAAGGAGGGAAUAUUCUCUACCUCUACAAAAUCAACACUUAAGCUUUUUUUUUCACCUUUAAAAUUAUUUAGAAUGUACUUAAGUUUAGUGUUUUUCCUUCAUAGUGUGUAUUAUUUAUUGUUAUGAUUAUUUACUGACAACAGAGAUAUACAAGAUACUGUGCAGAAGAUUAUUACUAUUCACAGAGUUUACAAACUAAAAGAAUGGAAAAUCUGAAAAGCUGCAGAGAAAGUAGUUGAAUAUUUGCUGAUCCUAAGAACUAUUUUUAAUUUUCAGCUUUGAUGUAAAUUGCUAGUUUAGGUAUCUAAUUUAAGCAUGUUAGAAAAUCCUCUUUGUUCAUAAGUAUAGAUAUUUGUCUGCAUAUGAAAUUGAACUUUGAGCUGGAAAGCAUGUAGAACAUUGUAAUACAGUAGAAAAUACAUUGAUGAAAAGAAAUUUGAAUUCAUUUUCCACUAACUAGAUUUUGUAAAUUGUAUUGAGUCACUUAACCUACUGUCAGUUAGAGCUUCCCUUCCCAGGUACACGGGUACUUUGGGUGACAGAGUGCCUAGACAUAGAUCCCACAUCUCUUGGGGUUGCCUGAGGUGGUCUGGGUGGCUGCAGCUUCUGGGCUAGAAACAUCUUUGUUCAUUUUCUCCAUCGUGCCUACCAUAUCACUUUCCAGGUCUGCCAUAAUUUGAGAAAAGUUUGGAAGCGUUGCUUAACUCAUCUAAACUUAGUAAAAUCUGUUAGAUCAUCUACCCACACUCGUCAUUUUUUAAGAGGCAAUAAUUAUUUUUAACCUUAAAUAUGUAAGUGUAAAACUACCUAACUCUUCUGACUUAUUUUUAAAUUUUAGAAGGAACCUGUUUAAUGCAUUUGUUUCAAAAGGCAUUUUAAAUAGAUAUAACCCUUUGGGAAUAAAUAUGGUACUAUAUAGAAAGGACCAUAAUAACGGCCAUAUCUUUUCCUCAUAAAUUUUACUCCUUGAUAUUGUAACCUAAAGCAUAACAAACAAACAGAAAGAUAAAUGCAUGAGGUUGCUUAUGUCUGCAUUAUUUUCAAUAACAAAAAAUUGGAAAUAAUCUAAAUGUCAAAGAAUAAAGUGGGUUAAUAAAAAAAGUAUUAUACUGCCAUUAAAAUAAUUGUUUGGAAUACUGUGUAGAAAUGUGGACAUGUCUGUGAUAUGAUAAGCAAAGUAAGCACAAUAUAAAAUGAUAUGCACACUAUCAUUAUGACUAUAAAAUCUUCAUGCAUGUGGAAAGUAAUAUGCAGAACUGAAAUUCACUGUGUUAGUGUAGGGGAUAUGGAAUGAUUUUUAAAUUAUUUAAAUAAUUUUCUUUAAUAUUACUUUGUAUUUUCAAUAAAAAUAAAUAAAUCACCGUA